AUGGUUCUAGCCAAACAACUCAGACUCCUUCUCCUCGGAGCCCCCGGCGCAGGCAAAGGCACCCAGACGUCCAGGCUUCUUAAAGCGUUCCCCACGCUUAAUGCUCUUUCCUCGGGCGAUAUCCUUAGAGCCGAGGUUGCCAGAGGAACUCCCUUGGGGUUGGAAGCGUCCAAGCUCAUUGAAGAAGGGAAACUUGUUCGUGACGAUACGAUGGUGGGUGUGAUCAAGAACCACUUGGUGGCCAACGACUGGCUCAAUGGCGACAGUUCGUGGUUGUUGGAUGGGUUCCCUAGAACAGGCAACCAGGCUAGAGACUUGGAUAAGGUGUUGAAGGAACACCAUGCUGAUAUCAAUUUGGUGGUGGAGUUGGAGGUGGACCAGAAGUUGAUUCUUGAGAGAGUGGAGGCCCGCUGGAUCCAUGCUGCUUCGGGAAGAGUGUACAACUUGGACUAUAAUCCGCCUAAGGAACCGUAUAAGGAUGAUGUCACGGGAGAGAAGUUGGAGAAGAGGGCUGAUGAUACGGCCGAGGUGUUUGGAAAGCGGUUGGAUAAGUACAACGAUGAGAUUCUGACGCUUCGGGAGUACUAUAAGAAGAAGGGGAUCUGGUUUCCUGUUGCGGGAGAGACGUCGGAUAUCAUCUUUCCGAAGAUCAAGGAGUUGAUUGAGGGGAAGUUUGACAGGGCAUAA